AGCAUAUAUGACAAUAUGAUUAUACGGUAUACCAGUAGAGGUAUAGCACAACGCAAUGCAAAAUCAAUUCCCUCACAAUUAGGAAACCAGAUCCGAUUUGCUUCUACAACAGAAGUUCCCAAAACAACAGGACCAACAGAUCCGGCAACGAGUGUAAGAACGUUGGUAGAACAAGUUGAUCGAUCAUCAAUAUUGGCUUCAAAAUUCUAUCCAAGCCAUCUACAAAAGCACUUUUUGGCUAUACGUGCAUUCAAUGCUGAGGUUGCACGGGUUCCGGAACUUGUUGAUAAUGAAUUAAUGGCACGUAUUCGUGUUACUUGGUGGCGUGAUGCAGUACAAGGAGCAUUCAAUGGAAAGACUCCCAGACAUCCAACUAUGAUCGCUUUGAGCGAAGCUAUACAUGAUCCGAAUGUGCAAAAGUAUGGCGGACUAGUGGAAGAUCACUUCGUGGCAAUGUGUGAAGCAAGAGAAUCUGAUCUUUCCGCUCCUACAACUCCACCAACGUUGGAAGAAAUUGAAUCUUAUGCAGAAAAAACUUCUUCACGUUUAUUCUAUCUUUCCUUGAACCUAUUAGGUGUUUCAAAAACUGUUAUCGAUCAGGUUUUCAGUCAUUUAGGUAAAGCAAGAGGAUUAACACAAUUACUCAAUUCUGUUCCUUUUCAUGCCGGUGUAAUUCGUACAACAAUUCCAACACCUCCUGAUGCACAAACGCAGGAAGGAGUCAAGCCAAAACCAAGGUCAGGACCUGCAAAGCCACGACAAAGAAGAAUCGUUCUACCAAGAGAAUAUUUAUCCAAACAUAAUGUCGUAGAAGAAGAGGUGUAUCGUAAAGGCGCAGAGGCAAAAGGGUUAAGGGAUGCAGUAUUUGAUACAGCAACAAGGGCAAACGAUUACAUCAUUUCUGCGAGAUCAUUGCUGAAAGAUGAGUUUAAUGGAGGAAAAGUACCACAAGCAUUGAUAGGACCUUUGGUAGAAGCAACAACGGCAACUACAAUGCUACAAGAAUUGCAAAAGAGAGAUUUUGACAUUUUUGAUACGAAAUUGAUGACUGUGGCAAGUGGAAAAGGAUGGAGAUUGCCAUGGAAUAUGUGGAAAGUAGGAAUUAGUGGAAAAUUAUAGAGAUGUAUUGUAGAUGUACUUUUUGUUCAAUGAUGGAG